CUCGGCCCGUCUCCCGGCGCCGGCGCCGGGCAGCCGCUUCCCAAGGCGCUUACCCAGGGGAACGGGACAGCCUGCAACCGCUCGUCGCCGCCCCCUUCGUCUCUGCUCGGCCUUUAAGCAGGACGGCACGCGAGGGGCCUGGGGUGGUGGCCGGUGCGGGGCUGGCAGGGCGGCAUCUGACCAGACAGCUGGUUCUCAGGACGUAGGCAGGAAAGGGCCUCCCGCAGCCAGCGGGCGCUUCCUCGAGGCAGUGGAGGAGGAGGCGGCUGCAGGGCACUGGCUUCGUACCUGGCCAUCAUGGCGUUCUCCCAGCGCAUGAAGGACCAGUGCCGCUGCACAGCACUUUUCCUUGGUCAGAGGGUUAAAGACAGGCCUGUCUUCCGGCAACCGGGAUGUACGACGUCCUGUGGUGUCAGUUGCUCGUGGCUGGGCUUUGCUGGUGCUUGGCCGCCUCUGAGCGGGAAGGUUCUUAGAGAAGCUGAUCCCCUCUGGCUGCACCUGCCGAGCCUGCACCUGCUAACCACAAGCUAUAAGCAGUACGAGGAGAAGCUCGUGGCUCUGCAAGUCUCAACAAAACACACACUACUGCUGGAUUUCCUGCUUCACACAGCUUUUAGGUUGGUUUUCAUCCUGUCCAAGGACCCAGGGGUAAAGAUACAAGGAAAGGAAAAUUCGGAUCUUAAUCCAACAGCAACCCCUAAUGACCACUUGAAGGAAGCAAGAGGACACCGCAAGAAACUUGACGGAGGUGUAACUUGGGCAGAUCAAAUUGGGACUACGGACAGGCCCUUUUUUGGAAAUGUGAUGAAUAUUCAUGUUUGCUGUAAAUAUAAGCUGAAGAUCCAAAGGCUGAGAUGGGCACGUUUGGUGGAGAAAUCCCCCAUGUUCACCAGUGCUGCCAUAAAGAACAUCUGCUUAAUAGUUACAUUGGCUAUUGAGUCCUUACUGGCUUCUUCACGGCAUCAGCAGGAAACAAAGCCAACCCAAACCAGUGUAAUGUGCACCAGUCCAGUUUCUUUUCACCUAUGCCAUAAGUGA